AUGCAUUUCGCCUCGUUCAUCGCCCUCUCCUUGGCGCUUGCCAGCUCAGCUUCGGUCCUGGCCGCUCCGCAACCCCGGGGCGUUGGAAAUGUCGUGUUGCCAGCGCCAGCGAUCAUUCCGGCUGCCUGGAAGCAAGUUGGCGUCUCCAACCUCUCUGCGGCGCUUCAGAUCACCCUCCCGCUCAAGGGUGCUAACCAGGAUGCCCUCGAAGCUCGUAUGAUCCAAAUCGCCCAGUCUGGCGGUGCUUGGCUGACGCCUGAGGAGCUGGCCACGUACGCGACACCAGCGCCUGCUGACAUCGCCGCGGUCAAGUCGUUCCUUGCGGCGAACGGUGUUCCUGCAAGCGCCAUCGCGCUCUCGAAGAACAGCGAUUUGGUCACCGUUCAGGCGACCGUUGAGCAAGUCAGUAAAAUGUUCGGCAACGUGCAGCUCUACGACUUUGAGUUUAAAGGCAAGACAUUCAGGCGCGCAAAGCAGGUCACCAUCCCCGCCUCCAUUGCCAACGUCGUCCAGGACGUUUCCCCUCUCACCGCAUUCCAGACUGUCAUGACUGGUCCAGCGAGAAAAUCGUCGGUCUCGCACGUAGUAGCCGCUGUCAGCCAAGCGAAUUCGAAUGCCACUGUUAGCAAUGCCGCCACCGCCGCGACCGCCCCAUCGUCGUGCACAAGCGCCUCCCCUUACGUCACUCCACAAUGCCUGCGCGAUCUCAUGGGCACCAGCUCUUACCAGCCCGCUCCGGUCAGCGGACAGGUCGAUGUCACAGUCCUCGGUUUCAUUGGGCAAUACGUAUCGCAGGUCGACCUAACGGGCUUCCUCACGGCCUACCGUCCGGAUGCCGCCAGCUACCAGAUUCCCAUCAAGAACGCUGCUGGAGGCCAGAACGACCCGACCAAUCCGGGUGUCGAAGCCAUGCUGGACGUCGAGUACGUCGUUGCGCAAAACUACCCGCUCAACACCGAGUUCCUCUACUACGGCUCGCUGAACGGCGACAUCUUCCAGCAGGCGUUCAACUACAUCUACACGACCUACACAGCCCUCCCCGGAGUCAUCACAGUUUCGUACGGUGACCUCGAAUCGAGCUACACAUCCGCCCAAGCCUCAGCCCUUUGCAGCACUGCACAAAAACUCACUGCUCAGGGAACGACCAUUCUCUUCGCCUCCGGUGACAAUGGUGUCGAUGCGGUCCAGUCGUCGUCCGCACCGUCCUGCAGCUCCGGAUUUCACCCAACAUAUCCCUCAGGCUGCCAAUAUAUUCUCUCCAUCGGCGGCACACAGAACUUCGGCCCCGAGCGGGCCACGGAUCCGUCGCUCACCGGCGGCUUCUACUCGGGCGGCGGCUUCAGUAAUGCGUUCACCAUUCCUUCCUUCCAAAAGAGCGCAGUAAGCACGUACCUCAAGGCGCUUGGAUCCACCUCGUCUGGCUACUACAACAAGAAUGGCCGUGGCUUCCCGGACGUUGCGGCACAGGCUGCCAACUACAUCAUCGAACAGGGCGGCCAGUUCGCUGCCGUCAGUGGCACCUCUGCCGCCGCGCCAACGUUCGCCGCAUUGCUCUCGCUCCUCAACGACGCCCGUCGCGCAGCCGGCAAGGCACGCCUCGGUUGGGUCCAUCCUGCCCUUUACGGCACGGCCAGCACACUCAGCGACAUUACGACGGGCCAGACCAAGGGCUGCCCUUCGCCGCAGCAGAACUUGGGCUUCCCGACCAAGUCUGGCUGGGACCCUGUCACCGGCUUGGGCACGGCUACUGGCAAAUUCUCCGCGCUGCGCAGCCUCUUUGGCGUCUAA